GGCCGCACCCCGAAAACAACGUCUCAUUCUCACCUCGCACUGCACUCACGGUUCUUGUCUUCAACUUGCCUUCGACUGCUAGCCAUUGUCUGUUGUCAUCCUGCACACAACACCGCCAGCUACUGUCCAAUGCCCAACUCUGCUGAAUAGGGCCCGGCGCCACGAAACAACAUCAACAUUUCUGGAACAUAGCAUCAAGUGUAACGGCCAUGGAGUUCUUAGUGCCUCGUCGUGGCACAUAUUUGUGCCUUCAGCUGGAUCCGGUCAAGAUGGUCGAGCCACUGAACGACCCCGCUCUGUCUGCCGCCGCAAGAGAUUUGCGGAUGCAAAAAUAUAUUGCACUUGUUUCUGAUAUUGACGAGUUGCCGAUGCCCAACAAGCCGGAUCACAAAUGCUACGUCGAACUCGUCGGCUCCGGUCUCUGUCGAGAGGACGAGGAUGCGUACAUGAAAUCGUCCAUGUGUACCCCAAUUUUCCCUGCAACUGAACACCCCCUCUCGCGGCGGCCUCUACGACCCGUCCCUUCCUUCCCAUUUCCUAACUGCUACCAUCAUAGCUUCGCAGCUCUGACGGUUCGCAUCCCGAACAAGCUCUAUAAUCACGAACACGCCGUGACUCUGAACCAACGUGAUCUGCUUGCUGACAACAUUUAUGUCAGUGAGGAUUGUCGCAUGAGAGAUGCUCUUGCGGACGCCAAAUCAGGCGUCGCUGCAGCCCCUCAAGAUGACGUUUCCGAAGAUCUACAUGGUUUGCACUCGGCGACUAGCUCAGUCAUUCGGGAGCUCGUCAGGCAGGGAGUACCGGUGGUGUAUGCGGAUGAUAGCCAAGCUGAGACAGCGCCAGUUGCUGUCGCCAGCGCACGCGGUCACGAAUCUGGUGGCAACGUGGAAACAGACGGCGGUGGCAAAACAGUCGAAGAAGCAAUGGCCGCGUCUGAAGAGCUUGAGCCUUCAGUUGCCGGCCCAGGGCCGCAUCGUUACGAAGGAUUGGCGUCCCUUCUGUAAUUGGUGCUGCACCGGAGCCUGGUACGAUGCUACCAAGGACCAUCGUGCAGACAGAUACCCCUGGAGGUGUUACCGCAGAUCCUGCUGGGCGAGCCUCGCUGGAUUCAAGACUUAGCAAUGAACCAUUGGCAUUAGCUCCGGAGCCGGGGACGCUGCCGCCAAAAGAAGACGUCGGCGAUAAAGCUACAUCGUCGAUGAUCGAGUCCGUCAGCGAU